UAUACUCAUAUAAAAGUGUCAUCGUGGCAGCCUCGCGGAUAGUUGGGCGCUGCGCAUCGAGCGAACAUGAUCGAGUUUCUGGUACUUUUCCUUGGUGUUUGCGGGGCACUGGCGGCUCCUCAUGCGCCCCACGUGAGUCACGAUCCUCAUCUGGACAAUAAUGCGGAAGUGAUCUACGGACAACUUCCCGGUACCGAGAAUCUAAACGAAAAGGCACUUCCAAUAUCUCACUUAUUCGCCACAGAGCCGAAUAAUCUGCCAGCCACAGAGAGGAAUAAUCUAGCGGAGAAAGCUCAAGUACAUCAACGACUUCCCGGGACGGUAAACCUGACAGAAAAGCGAAUCCCUGAUAUCAUCCUGAAGAGAUUAUCGCAAGUGCUUGAUGUCAAAUAAAAAGAUGAAAAUCGGGAUCUAAGAUGUAAUACUUUAUUCGCGAUAAUAUUAAAAAUAUAUUCGAAUAUCA